AUGAGAAGCUUAAGAAAGCCUAGAGGGAGAUACAGCCAUACUGGCUGCUUAGAAUGUAAAAGAAGUGGCAUCAAAUGCGAUGAAACAUCCGGCGGAUGCCUCGUUUGUAGAAGGAAACGGAUGGAAUGCGUAUAUGAACACAAGAUAUUUGUCUAUCAGCCAAAGGAGGCUACGGCAAAAAAAAAGAGACAGUUUAAAAAGGUGAAACUAAAAGUUCAUGACCAGAAGAAUAUUGCAAGAGAAAAAAUGGUUUAUAACAGCAUUGCUGACUCGGUUUGUUCCUUUGAAGUCAUUGACGAAUGCAUAGAUAGCUUUAAAGAAAAUUUUGAUGGGGGUAAGCAAUCGGCAAAGUCCGAAAAAAUAGAACAUGUGGCCCUCGAGACGUCAGAUAAUAUUGAAAAGGUGAAUAAUGGGUGCAAAAACCUUGAUGACAUCAGCAAAGAGACUGCCCUUCUCGUUCCUCAAUAUGUUCAGUAUUGGAGACCUUAUAAUAACCAGAGGUACGAAGAGCUAUCGAAUAAAUUUGAUCCUGCAGGUGUUGAGAUAAAAAAUGUUCACUAUCAUGAAUACGAUCCUGAGGUCCAGGAGUUUAUUUUUUAUGCAUUCAUUCAUUCGAAGGCAGUGUAUAACUAUGUCCUGGGCCCGAUUGACGAAACAAACUGUAUCGCCAAAUGGUUCAUUUAUUUUGGCAGAAAAUACGCCAUCAUGGGAUUCGUCUUGAAUUUCAUUACGUGCAAUCUUUUGAAUAUAAGGUGCUCAGAUGGCCGUUGGUCUUGCAUUUUGAGAAGAAAUAUGGUGGCCUCACUCGCGAAUUUGUCUGCCAGGAUCAAUGCGUGCGAUUCUUUCACUGAGAUGGCCUGUUAUUUGUUUUCUAUUAUGUUUCUAUUUUCCGAACAGACUGCUAGCAGAGUAGAUAUUUGGAGACUUCAUUUAAAAGGGGCCUUUACAAUCUUGGAACAGUGUGGGACCUUUUAUAACAGAAUUGCGCGAGAUAUAGAUUUGCUUGAUCCUGAAAUGAAAUUAGCGCUACAAAUGUUUUCGUUUUCAAAAAACUGGUUUGUAUGUUCUGAAACUAUUGCCUGCUUGUCCGCACCGAAUGGUGGAGUAAUCGAAGACAUCGCUAGAUUGAGAUAUCAUCUCAGCUAUAAUACUCAAUACCCUGAUGAUGGUGUGCUGUUAGGUGGAUUCAAUCUUAUGAGGGGUUAUUCUCAACGACUUGUCCCAACACUCAUUGAAAUCAUUACGUUCAUAACAGCUUUCAGGAAAUCAGAAGGAAUAUGCUUGAGUGGAACGGAGGGAAUAUUGGAGAAUUUACAACCCACAGAAGAACAAAUAAACAUGGGUGAAAAAUUAUUGGACAGCGUAAGACAGAUUCAAGGCGAAGAGUUAAAUUUAUUGUCAGAGAAGAAUUAUGUUAACAGAGCCUACAUCAGAGCCUGUCACAUCUGCUUUUGCUCUGCGCUAAGAAUUUACAUCUUAUCGGUUUUCUUAGGAGAUUUCAUAUAUGGUAGCGAUGUUCAGCACUGUGUUCAAACGAUCGAAGAGCAAUUAGUCACCAUUAAAGAUAUCCAUAUUUAUGGGUUAUGUAUACACUGGCCGUUAUUUAUCGCUUCGCUAUGCGCGCCUCCUGGUGAACAGAGAAAAAGGUUCAUCGAAGCUUUGAAGUCUAUUUCCAAUAGUGGUAUUUUUGUCGCGAGAAAUACCGUUGAGCGUGUGGAAAGGUUUUGGAGGGUCAUAGAUAGUGGUGGCUUAAUUGAAGAAAAAGACUAUGACUGUACUGUUGCAUAG